UGGGAGCUGCUGGACGAGGAGGAGACCAGGAGGACCAAGGCCAUGUUUGGCAUCUCCGUGGUGACAGACGCCACCCUGAAACGCUUUGGGGUGCGUUACUUCAGGGCUGCCAAGGCCCUCGUCUUCCCCUGGUUCAGCCCCCGUGAUGCAAGCCUGAAGGGGCUGAAGCUGCUGAAGGCGGAGAGGAAGGAGAAUGCAACAGUGUAUGUGGAAGAGACUUUACCCCGCUUUGAUUCCUACCACAACCUCUUCGGGCUGCCGCCGAUCAGCCGCCGCGAUGCUGGGUGGGAGCUGGACGCCCUGGCCCGGCACCAAGCUACAGGGGUGGCCAGCGUAGCCCUGCCGCGGGGGGCCACCUGCCUGCCCCCUGCCCUCCUCCCCUACCUGGAGCAGUUCAAGCGCAUCACGCUGUGGCUGGGUGAGGACCUGCGCUCCUGGGAGGCCGCCAAGCUCUUCGCUCGCAAGCUGAGCCUCAAGCGCUGCUCCCUGGUGCGCCCCGGGAACCUGCAGCCCCGGCCCCUGGAUGCUCUGAACCAGGGCCUGAACCUCACCAAGAUCCUGCGUGCUGCCCUGCCUGCCAGCCACAAAUCCAUCGUCUCCUUCCGGCAGCUGCGCGAGGAGGUGUUUGGGGAGCUGGUGAACAGUGAGCAGGUGGCUGGUGUUAAGUGGGCGCGCUUCCCCGAGCUCAACAAGCUCCUCAAAGGGCACCGCAGAGGGGAGCUGACCAUCUUCACAGGCCCGACGGGCAGCGGGAAGACGACCUUCAUCAGCGAGUACGCCCUGGACCUGUGCAUGCAGGGGGUGUGCACGCUUUGGGGCAGCUUUGAGAUCAACAACGUCCGCCUGGCCAAGAUCAUGCUGACACAGUUUGCCACCCAGCGCCUGGAGGACCGGCUGGAGCUGUACGACGAGUGGGCUGACCGCUUCGAGGACCUCCCGCUCUACUUCAUGACCUUCCACGGCCAGCAGAACAUCAAGAUGGUGAUUGACACCAUGCAGCAUGCAGUCUACAUGUAUGACAUCACCCACGUGGUCGUUGACAACCUCCAGUUCAUGAUGGGACAUGAGCAUCUAACUGGGGACAGGCUUGCUGCCCAGGACUACAUCAUUGGUGCCUUCCGCAAGUUUGCCACGGACAACACCUGCCACAUCACACUGGUCAUCCAUCCUCGCAAGGAGGAUGAUGAGAAGGAGCUGCAGACAGCUUCCAUCUUUGGCUCUGCUAAGGCUAGCCAGGAGGCCGACAAUGUCCUCAUCCUGCAGGAUCGUAAGCUGGUGACGGGGCCAGGGAGGAGGUACCUGCAGGUGUCCAAGAACCGCUUUGACGGGGAUGUGGGCGUCUUCCCCCUGGAGUUCAGCAAGGCCUCGCUCACCUUCUCGUCCUCCAGCAAAAACAAGGUCAAGGUGAAGAAAACGAAAGAGGAGAAGGCACCGUCAACCAAGAAAGCUCCAGAGGGAGGCUCAGGAGCCUCCAAGAAGCCAUGA